AGGAAACUGAUCUGAUUUCAGACUUGAGAUGAUUUUCCAGAAUAACGUACUCUAUCGAAAUCGAAGUAUAAAACGAAAUGAUAAAGGAAUCGUUGGAAUUUGGCAAUGAGGCGCGACGCGAGUUUGUGUAGUAUAUAACAGCAUGGAGCAAACAGCGAAGCGCGUGGUCCUCAUGAAUGAAAUUGGCUGCGGAUCGCUGGACCACGUGACGCACGCGCAGUGAUGCAAGGAGGAGAAGGUGAACAUGACAGUAGUGGGUGCGCGACUCACGUGAAGAUAGAUUCGCAGUUCGAUGCGCGCGCGAUUAGUUCGGUGAACGUUCGAGAGAUGUCGCGACAUUCGCGGCUCGCUCGCGUGGCGGUUGGCUUGAAACACCUGACUGUAGUGACUGUGGCGUAGCAGUGUAGCAUGGGCUGGUGUGGCGGGUGCAUACUUCUUUCAAAACAGGUAGCACGCGCUACCGGGUGACAACAUUCACGAUUCCCCAUUCUUUUCCUUCCUUUUUUCCUUCCUCCCUCCCUCCCACUCUCUUUCUUACCUUGUCCGCAUCCCUGUCGAAGUAUAACGGUAGCGAUCACGUGACACUCCCGCGAUAUUUACGCGGCGCAGCGUGGCUAAGUUCACAUGGAGUACCAUCGCGGAACGACGACGUCGACAACAUUCGCAAAAUCGUUUCGAAGUCAUCGUUCCCGUCGUCGUUUCGAAGGUUACCCGUCCGUCUGCGAGUUCCUCGGGUAGAACGCGCGCGCGUGCAGUGAAAGAGCGUCCGGCGUCUUCCGGAUUCGCGAGAUCAGAGUAAAAGAAAAACAUGUGACCGGUGGGGUGAAGAUCGGAGUGCGGAAGAGUGCGUUGGAACGUGUGCGUUUGCUGAAAAAUGACGCUCGUCAUCGGCCGGACAUCGAUGAGGACGGUGUUGCUGACGUCGUUGCUGCCGAUUUCCGUGGUGUUGGUAGUGCUGGCGCGCGCCGGGGAUGUCGCGACCUUGGAGUACAGCGUAGAACCCCUUCCGGCAUCCAGGGAGCAGCGGCCGCGUCCGGAUACAGUAUGUAAUUAUUAUGUGCAUUAUGGAAAAACCGGACGACUCAUUAAUCUAGUACCAGGACCACUAUGUUAUCCAAUUAUUGGAAGUGUAUACAUAAUAUUUGGUUCGCGAGAAGUACUAUGGAAGCGUUUAAUCACUCUUUCUAAUAAGUACUAUCCCAUUUUCAAAAAUUGGUUAUUCUUUAUACCCAUUGUAUCCAUCCGUCAUCCAGAUGAUCUAAAGACGAUAUUAAGCAACCCGAAACAUAUAAACAAGAGUUUUAUUUAUGAUAAUUACAAACCUUGGUUCGGAACUAGUAUUUUCAUUAGUGAAGGGACUAAGUGGCAGUCACAGCGAAAGAUAUUAACUCCUACAUUUCAUUUUAAUAUAAUGCAACGAUUUGUUAAGAUUUUCGACAAAGAAAGCAAAAACAUGGUAAAGUCCUUGAACAAUGCAAAAGGCGCAGUUGUAAAAGAUUUAACAUCAUUUAUUAGUGAAUACACGCUGAACGCAAUAUGUGAUAUCGAUGGCUGCAAAAAUUACAUAUCGCUCGAUACAGUAUUAUGUAUUUGUGUAGCGAUAUUGUGAUAUAAUGAAUCCUUAAAUAGCGGAAGUCAUAUAGUAUCAACUUGUAUGCACAGCAGAUGCAGAGUCAAAUGAGACCAAAGAAUGACAGUUUUAAAACGUUUGAAAAAUGAUUUUUUUAUUAUGAUAAGUAGUAAAUUACUUCAAAUAUGUAGAAGAGUGACAUAAAAACACAUAUUUAUCAUAGAAACAA